AUGAGCAAUACUACCAGCGGGCAAAAUGCCAGUUUUUGCAUUCCAGUUGGAUUAACUAGUCUUCAGAAGGAUCUGAUUGAGAUACUCAUCUCAACGCAUGCCAAAUCGCUUUUACAGUUAUGCGAAAACGGAAAAUACAAGGCUCUCGAGAAUGGUGAAAAUGAUGCGAAACUAACACUACCUGCAUUAUCGCCAAAUCAGCUAACGUCGCUGUUAUCAACAAAUAUUCGAGCCAUUGCAAAUCAUCCGUGUCUUUUGGUGGAACACUACAUGCCGCGGAAACUGCUGUUGAUGGAGCCUGGGGAAAGACUGAUAGAUGCAAGUGACAAAUUUCAGAAAAUGGCAGCAUUGCUCGACUCACUGCUAUACAGGGACCGCAAAAGAUUUCCAAACGCCUUGCAAAUCGCAGUCAUCUCACACAGUGUUAAAGAAUUGGAUCUCAUAGAAGGAUAUCUUUUGGGAAAGUCCAUUAGGCUCAAACGUCUUUCUGGAACGAGUUUAUUUGACGAAAAACAUCUUUAUGGUGAGCCCAACACCGGUUCCAGCACACCGGUUAUGUCUACAGGAUAUUCGAAAGAAGACAACGACUACAGAAGACGCAAGAACAGAGUCUCGAAAAAGGACUCUCGCGAUUGGCUGUUUGUUGCUACAUCCACACACUUAGCCCGAGCGCCUGAUCUGCUAGAUGGCUAUAGCAUAGAUCUUGUGAUAGGAUUUGAUCCUCUGAUAGACGAGAAUCUUGAGUGUUUCACAAGGAUGCGAAGUGCUGGUAAAAAAGUCCCGCUCGUGAAACUGCUGGUGAAAGAUUCUCCGGACCAUUACUCAUUAGUUCAUCGUCAAGCGGGAAACGAUCAAGAUUUGUUUUUGGACUCACUUCUACAUUUCGUGAGAAAUAGACGAGCGAUCACAUACCAAGAGGGAACCGGCUGGUUGCGUCAAUUCGCCGAGGAGCUUCUAGCAGAAAGUAUCCCCAACGCAGCGUUAAUUCCAACGUGCAAUCUCACAAACGAAUACUCACAAAUGGAUCUUUCAGAGUCGGUGACAAAUUUUCCAUCUCUUUCACCACUCUUGACUGUGAACUAUAAGCUAGAGCCAGUACUUCAAGAUCUGGACAUCAAAACAUAUCAAAGCGUGCUAAUGGACCGUAUUGUCCAGAGACUCACUUCUUGCGAUGAGGAAUACUUUGCUCGUGAAAAGGAAAUACUCAGCAAGAGAUUGCAAGAGACCAUACGUCAGAACAAGCUCGAUGAGUUGACAGAAAAUGCAGCAGCUGUCUUUAAGCAAAGCAGAGAAGAGGAGGGCCCUGCUCUCGAGUCGGCCAAAAAAUUAGGCAAAGCACAAGCAGACGAUCUGAAAUUGUGUGAGCGCUUGAAAUCUCUUAUUGAGCAAAAGUCGUCUUUUGAAAAUAAACUGGGCGACGAGACUACGCCACUUUCGUCUCAAAUAAGCGCCUUAUCUGCUGACUUAGAAGCUGCAAAGACUGAAAGAGAUGCCCAGAAGCAAGCCAAUGCCCAAAGGUCUUUGACCAACGACGACCUUCGAGUACGAUACCAAUUGGAGUCAUCAAACGCUGCUAAUAUGUCUAUGGUCAUCAAAAAACUGCGGGAACGUCGUGACGAGCUCAAGGCGCGUGUUUCGGGUCCAGCGGUCAAUCUGUUCUCGAGAAGUGCACUGGAAAACGAGGCGGCGCUAAAGGAGCAGCUAAUACAAAUAGUUCGACAGUCUCAGUUCACGCAAGGUUACGUUAAAAGAAUACAGAAACAGUUCUUCCUCAAUGGCUCUCAUAACUCUGUGAAAAGUGCCAGUACGUCUCGUUCCCGGCGUCAAAGGAACUGA